UCGAAAAUCCUGCUUGAUUGAACGUUGGAUCUCACAAGAGAUCUAAUCAGUCAAACUUGAAAAGUAAAACGAUGAGAGGUCAAAGACUAUACUGCAAGACACAAGGAUGUCAGCCUUGUAGUAGUCUUAGACUUCUCAUCGUUUCAGUUCACAGACGUUCGAUUUUCUCCUAAUAUCGUCAACAGAGCGAAGAAAAUAACUUCUGCGGGGGAUUGAACAAGCGCCAACUCAAGUGGUUAGGCGUGGGUAAAAAGAGAUAAACGACUUGCACACACUCGUAGACUUGAUUGGAAAUACUGCUAACAACACCUCAUAGUGUUUUGUACCAACACAGCGGCAAUAAAGUUUGUUUACAAGAUUAAAAUUCUCAAUAUUUUGGUAUAAUGAUUGCAAAAAUGAGUUAUACUUAAUGCUUGGAACCAUCCGAAAAUUGUUAAGAUUUUAUAGGGGGAGUUGUACUUUUAUAUUCAUUUUCUUCGUAAGACAGCAAAUAGGACAAGCGUAUUAUCUCAAAAAGCGGUUUGUUUGAUUCCUGUCCAGUUUUAUGGCCAAUAUACGAUAUACCUCACAAUGAUUGCUUGGAAGAAUUAAUUUCAAUAGCGCGCAGUGGUCAUAAUUAGUGAACUGUAAACAAAUUGUCAACUUGUCAUCUCUCCGCUACAUCAAUGUUGCAAUUCUGUCAGAGCGACGCUGGCAUUAGUGGUCAAACAACAAAUGCAGUUCCGCUCUCCGACAGUUGGAGAAAAGCCGCUCUUAAUUUAUUUGUUCUAGUGUCCUGAAUUAGCGUUUGUAUUCAAACAGUAAGAGGGCAGGUGUAUGUAAAAAUUUGUCAUGAAAUAUAUGUAAAUACAAUGAUUGGAUCAAUUCUUAACACUCGGGUGACUACAUGCAUAUACAUGCAGAAAUUAGAUCAAUAAGUUGUAAUCAUUUGGAGAAAAGACUCAUUCCAUAGGACAACAUGGUCUCUUAAUUUGUAACAAGUUUAUUUCACUAUUUCACACAUAAAAGAAAUGGUUCCAUUUGGUUUCCGAGGCCGUUUUGUUCUCCAAUCACUACCAUCUUAGAAUCAAUAUCAUGGACUCACUGGAAUCGCUUUCCCUCGAACUUGCCACAAGAAAAGGUGAACUUGUUUGGAUUGAAACGGGUUUGUUUGCUAUCAUCAAUGUAGCAGCUUUCGUUGGAAAUCUCUCCGUUUGUUACGCUGUGUAUAGAAACCAGAGGCUUCGGACGCUCUCCAACAUGUUUGUUGUAGCGCUGGCUAUUAGCGAUAUUCUGAUGUCCACCUGCUGUAUGCCUUUUUCAGUGGCAACUCUAAUCCAAGGACAGUGGAUUUUCGGUGAGGCCUUUUGCCGUUUUCACGGUUUUGGAGUGUUCACGUUUGGACUAGCAUCUCUCCACACCAUGGGUAUAAUCGCAGUGAGUCGUUAUUUCUGUGUCGUGAGACCGGAAAAGUACAUCGUGUUAUUCAAAAAACAACGAACUUUGAUGUACAUAGCCGUUGUAUGGUGUGUGGCUUUGAUCGGAUCUGUGCCUCCAUUCUUCUUCGAACACAUCGGAUUUGAAUUCCAGCCCGGUAAAGCCAUGUGUUUGUACACAUUCGAUGCCAACAUUGCUUAUACAAUUUUUAUUGAGUGCGUUUACAUCGCUACCCCCUUAUCACUCAUCGCAUUCUGCUACUCUAAGGUGUUCUACACAGUGUCGCGAUCCAAUCGAGUUUUCUCUCACGAAAACAACCCUCAGCAGCUCAGAACUAACGUGGAAGAAGCAAAAGUGACCAAAACUUUAGCAGCAGUGAUGGUGGGCUUCGCAUGCUGCUGGCUUCCAGUUUGCAUCAUCGACUACAUUGAUGCUGCUCGCGGGAAACCCACUUUGGCGCGGCAGGCUUACCUUACAUACGGGUUCUUAGUUUACCUGAGUAGCACCAUUAACCCCUUCAUAUAUGGUGCAACACAUAAGCAAUUCAGACAAGAGUACAAGGCUGUUUUGAGAGAUAUGUUUUGCUUUAGAGGGAGUCGAAGUACAGGAGUUUCCGAUGUUAUUUCUGUCGAUGAGAGCCGACGAACUCGCCAGAAAGCACAAACCACGAGCUUAGAAUAAGGAAAGUAGAAUAGAUGCUUCCUGCCGUGAAAUAUUUGCUAUGUGCUUCCUCAUUAUCCCCAUUAGUUAAGAACCUACAAUUAAUCCCGAAAAUCAAGGCACAGAAUCUGCAACAGAGUGCGUAGCUAUGCAAACAAACCCAUUCUGGUAUAUCUUUGGAAUAAAGUCCAGUGUUAUCCAUAUGGAAUUUGUUUUCAUUGCUGGUGCUGAUCUGUUCCAAAAAUUGUCUCGAGAAAAGUCAAUAAUUUUCGGCUAAGCGUCAAGAUACGUCACCCAGUUAAAGUGCCUAUGAAGUAAAAAAUAAUUGCUGCUUAUUUGAAAGGCUUUUCAAAGUAAAGAAGAGUGGCGUUUUCCUUUUUGGAAUUCGUUUAAGAGAUAUUUACGUUUUUAUAAGGAAUGUGAUGACGUCAUAGUUGGUUUCACUAAAACAGCACAACACUCAAUUGAGAUUAACUCUAGAAAUAU